AUGCAUUUUGAUGAAAUCCUCUGUGUGAUUGGGGGCUUUGGGAAGUUCCAGAAGCUCUUGUAUGUGUGGAUUUGUGCACCUCAGAUAUUCCUGGCGUUCCACAUGUUUGUCUCUAUCUUUACUGGAGCUGUUCCUCCACAUUUAUGCCGCCCCACGUGGUCCUCAGCUGAUGCUCCGUCCUCUUCCAACUACAACCUCAGCCUUCUGUCCUUCUCUGAUGGCUGGACUCAGCUGUCCUGCUCGACCUUUUUGAACCACAGCAGCCUUGGAGAUGGACUUUCUGCUGGGAGCUGCCAGGGGGGUUGGGAGUACAGUCAGGAGACCUUCCAAAACACUAUCGUGACUGAGUGGGACUUGGUUUGUGAUAACGCCAAACUGAACAACAUGGGCUCCUCCAUCUACAUGUCCGGCCUCCUGGUCGGGGCUGUUUUAUAUGGACACUUAGCUGAUAAGUACGGUCGCAGAAUCAUCAUCCUCGUCAACCUCGCUAUCCAGGCGGUGUUUGGGGUUGGAGCUGCUUUCGCCCCAAAUUUCUACGUCUACACGGCUCUUCGCUUUGUGCUCGGGACUUCUAUCUCUGGUGUCAUCAUGAACGCCUUUGUCCUCGGCACAGAGUGGACGGGACCCAAGCAGCGGAUGCUGGCAGGAAUAAUCACAGACUAUGCCUUUGGUUGUGGUUACAUUUUGCUCGCCGGCAUGGCGUACCUCAUAAGAGACUGGCGUAAGCUACAGUUAGCUAUUUCAGCACCUGGUUUCCUCUUCAUCUUCUACGUGUGGGUGUUGCCAAAGUCAGCUCGCUGGUUGAUGGCCAGUGACAGGAAAGAGGAAGCAUGGGAGCUGAUCCAGAGAGCCGCUCAGAUGAACGGGAACCCCCUCUCCAAAGAUCUGGAGAUGCAACAGGUCUAUAAAGUGGAAGAGAAAACAGAGGUGAAGAAGAAACAUUCAUUCAUAGACCUGGUUCGAACCCCAAAGAUGAGGAGGCACUCUUUGAUAGUGUUUUAUCUCUGGUUCGCAAACGUGCUCGUGUACUACGGCCUGUCUCUCAACAUCUCUGACUUUGAGAUGAACAUCUAUCUGACCCAGCUGAUCUUUGGCCUGGUGGAGAUGCCUGCACGCACCAUCACCCUGUUCACCCUCAACCGCUCCCGCAAGAUCUCCCAGCUGGCGUUCCUGGCUGUGGGCGGCACGGCCUGCCUGCUCACCGUCUUCAUCCCGAAUGAGCUGUCCGUCAUUAAAACCGGGCUGGCCAUGGUUGGGAAGUUUGGGAUCACUGCCUCUCUCUCCAUCAUUUAUGUCUACUCAGCUGAGGUGUUCCCCACUGUCAUCAGACAGAACGGGAUCGGUAUCGGCUCAAUGUGUGCUCGAACUGGAGGCGUCCUGGCUCCCAUGUUGUACCUUCUGAAGGGCAUCAGUCCUCGGGCUCCCAUGCUCCUUUGUGGCCUCUGUCCUCUGCUGGGCUCUGUACUCACCCUGCUGCUACCGGAGACAGCGAACACGCCGCUGCCCGACACCAUCGAGGACGUGGAGGGCCCUAACCUCAGUGAGGAGGACGGUGGUGUGAACCCAGUUGUUGAUUCUCAGACUUCUCUAAAGAAGAUGGAGAGCUGCAGCAUCCAGGCGGACCGAUGAACGCUGACAUGAGCUGGCACGCUGGACUGUUUCAAAGGCCAAAGGCUUUAUGUGCUUCAUUGGAGGUCAAAAUGAGACUCUUUUAUUUUUAUAUGCCUUAGCCAGAUACCGGCAACCUGAACUUGAUACAACCGUUACAAUGUAAGUAUUCUUACUGGUUUUUUUUUGUUUUUUUUUUACAGACAUUUUUACACAAUGAUUUUAAAUAUGCUU